AGCGCCUGGCUUUUGUGCCAAAGGGUAGGUGAAUUAGUGUAGAAAGCGCAUUGUGAUGCGGGUUGCCUUGCCUGCCUCUUUCAGAAAGUUCUCUCUCUCGCCCUCUUUCCCUCUCUCGCUGCUAUGGGACUGGAUGGGGAGCUCACACAGCCUGGCUCCGGCCCCGGAGUCCCUGCUCCUGUUUAAUAUUCUACUUGCUCCACUGAUGUUGUGCUUGGCUCCUGUGGGACUGCAACUCACGGCUUGAAACCGGAGCCAAUUUUCUGUCUUAAUCUCCGUGUUUUGACUGGAGGCAGAUCCAGUUCAGCCCAAUCGGGGCUGGUGGAAACAACUACCUAAGAGUCUCGCUCUGUUUCGCUUGGGGAAGGAAAAAAGAAGGGAGGAGGAGUAGGAGGAGUGGGGAAAGAAAGGGGGGAAAAAUAAAGGAAGGGAAAAAAAAAAGAAAAUCCUGCCUGCCUGCCACACAUAAGAAACAACACAUGUAUGCAAUGUCGUUGGCGAGGUCGCUGUGUUUGCGGGAGUGAGACCGGCAGAGUAUGCGGAGAGAAUAAAGUGAUCAUCUGGCAAUCUGCGAGCAUCCCUCGAAUCGAUCGGAGGCGCCGCGAUGACUCUGGUGCUGCCCCUGAGCAGCUUCUGCGAGCCCAUUGUCUCCUCCGAAGGAGCCGCCGAGUUCCAGCCGCUGUGGGAGUCGCGCUGUUGCAGCAAGAGCAGCCCCGCCUCGGAUGCAGCCACCGCCGCCACCGCCACCGCCACCGCCACCGCCACCGCCAGCAGCAGCAGCAGCAGCAACAACAACAACAACAACCCGGGCCAAGCGCAGCCGCUGCCGCCGCCGAGCAACGACAGCAGGGCAGCGGCUGGGCAGCCCCCGGCGCCAGGAUCUCACCACAGAGGAAUUUCAAAUCCUGCAACAACAUCCAAGAUCACGUACUUUAAAAGGAAAUAUGUGGAAGAAGAGGACUUCCACCCCCCACUCAGCAGCUGUACACCUAAAACGAUAUCUGUCUUUGAGGAGCGGGCACAUAUCCUUUACAUGUCUUUAGAAAAACUGAAGUACAUUGACGACCCCGAAGUCUACUUAAGGAGAUCCGUCCUCAUAAACAAUUUAAUGAAGAGAAUUCAUGGGGAAAUUAUCAUGCAAAACAACUGGUGUUUCCCUGCUUGCUCCUUUGGGGGGGGCCCUGCCCAGGAGUGGUUUGUUUCUCAUGACUGUCCUUAUAGAAAACGUCUUCGGAUGGCAAGGGAGGACUGCGAAAAGAUCCACACCUGCUGUUUUUACCAAGACUGCAGCAGCCACUAUUUAAGUUUGCCAUUGUCUGCUAAUUCUGCAAUGGGAAAUUCCUCCUCCUCCUCGUCUUCUUCUUCUUCUUCUUCCUCCUCCUCCUCUUCCUCCUCCUCCUCCUCCUCCUCGAUAUCUUUGCCAAGUUGUUCUCAACAGGUGGAAGAUGGUGUUGGCAGUACCCCAGUUUACCGGAGCGAUGAUCAGAUACACAUCAAUGAAAUUUUCAUUACUAAUGCUGGGCUGCAUGGGAACCAGGACAAGACUGUAUUAACCAAUGAGAAAGGAAGCCACGAUAUAGAACGGGAUUGGGAGCCUAUGAAAAGCGACCAUGGAAUUGCAUGUAAAAGCAAAUGUUACGAUUAUUUUGAGGCGGGGUGUGCUGACAAGAGCAACAUGACCGAAACUUGGAAGAAAUCCUUACGAAAAAGGGAAUGCUUACCAGGUGGCAAAAUAUGUUGCAGUAAAGGAAGUAAAAUAUGAACCACCUUCAUAUUUAUAACUGCAGUUCUAAAGCACGCACAAGCAUGUUGAAUUUAUCGAACAAUAUUCCAUUCCGGAUGAAUUUUUCUGAUAGUUUUAUACAGCCAAUACAAUCAUAUCACAAGCUUCAUGGAUAGGACUUGGCAGCAGAGUGCGUAGGAGCGUAUGUAUGUAUGUAUGGUUUGCAUCGCAGAACUAUUGAUACAUAUAUGGAAUCUUCAUAAAGAGCUCAGUUGAAUUGCAAUGUGUAUUUUAGCUUUUGUCGCUGAGGAAAACCAAUAAACCAGACGGAGAAAACACAACCCUUUUCACCUAGGCCCCUGGGAAGUCUGACAUGUAUUAAAAGAAAUCUCCUUUGUGCGUAUCAAUUAAUUAUAUAUCUGAUAAACAAAUUAUUACCAGCAAAGGGGGAGUUCUACUUCUUGCCCAAGAAUUAUGGCCAUGAGAAAGACUAGGGAGAGUUGAAGAUGAAAACAACCAUUUCGUUAUCUAGUAUUGAAACCAUUCGGAUGUAUUUAUGUGUCUGGUUCAACUGACCCAAUUGGUUGCAAUAAAACCUCUUUGUGGAAUAUUUAUCAGAAGCAAACAGUUCCAGCACAUGCACAGAUUUCAGCUAAGCUGCAAGAAUGAGUGAGCCUUAUGGUGGUUUGUUGCUAUAAAGGGCAGGAUUUCUUUGGUGCCUUACUUUUUAAUCUUAAUUUUUCCAGGGUGAAAAUUAAGUUGUUGUUUU